AAAUCCACUUCCACUUUACGUUCGGUGAACCUUCCAAUUGAUUCAGGACCAAUCAUCAAUCGAUUACCAACUAUAACUGAAGAUAAAUGUGGAAUUAGUGACAGCAUUAGAUCUCGAAUUGUUGGUGGUUCUGACGCUCCACGUGGAGCUUAUCCAUGGCUUGCUGCACUUGGUUAUAAAACACCAACACUCCGUUUCCUUUGUGGUGGAUCUUUAAUCACACAAAAGCAUGUUUUAUCGGCAGCUCAUUGCAUACUUGACAAUUUAAUUAAAGUUAGACUUGGAGCGCAUGAUAUCAAUUCAACUACUGAAGGUUCCAUUGAUGUUGGAAUUGAGAAAACAUUUGUUCAUAAAGAUUACGAUUCAAAAUUCAUCAUGAAUGAUAUCAGCAUGUUGAGACUCGAUCGGAUCAUUAAAAUCACAAACUCAAUCAAACCAAUUUGCAUACCGUUAACCGAUUCGCUCAUUACAAGAAACUACACGGGAUCUCGUGCGUGGGUGGCUGGUUGGGGUUCGACGAGUUUUCGUGGUCCUGGUUCACGUAUUCUUCAAGAAGUUCAAUUGCCUGUCAUUGCAAAAUCAACAUGUGAAUUCAAUUAUCGACUUUACUUUCCUAAUCAAGUGUUCAAUAAUAAGAUUUUAUGUGCGGGAUAUCCUGGAGGGGGUAAAGAUAGUUGUCAGGGUGAUUCAGGAGGAGGGUUGGUUUUACCUUUGACGACACCAGAUGGAACAGAAACUUAUUACAUUUUAAUCGGCGUUGUAUCUUUUGGUAGGAAAACA